CCGGAGCCCAUGGCUCGCGCUCGCCAAACAUCGCGAUGGGCAAUCAUGUCCAUGUUCGCGCUCGUCGCCAGCUCGCAUUCUUUCCUGUGUCCGGCAUUGGGCAGCCUCGCGUUGGAUCCCGGCUCCGUGAGUUUGGAUGCGAGCGAUGGCACCGCCGGCGCUCCCCGUGCUGCUAGCGCCAUGCGCGUCAAUCAGAGUGCCAUGUCGUCUUCUUCUCCUUCCUGUCGAUCUUGCCCGGAGAACCGGAAGCGCUAUGUGGAUUGGCUGAGGGAGAUUGAGACACAAUGCAAGCUAAGGCAUCGGCAGACAUCGCCCAAGGUUGGGUGGCUACAGCACAAGUUCUUCGAUUCCAACCUCACGACCAGCUUCGUGGUGGUGGAUCAGGACGGAAAUGGCGACCAUGCAUCCGUUCAAGAGGCCAUCGAUGCUGUCCCAGUGAACAACACCGUCCCAAUCACCAUCUUUGUCUCGCCGGGGGUCUACCAGGAGAAAGUGAAGAUCGUGGAAAGCAAGCCAUACAUUACGCUUCAAGGAUCAGGGGCCGACUUAACAACGAUUGUAUGGGAUGACUACGCAGGAAAGCUGGGCGUGGAUGGCUCUCACCUUGGGACGUUCCACACAGCCACGGUUCACGUCAGUGCUCCCUACUUCAGUGCCAGGGGUAUCACGUUCAAGAACUCGGCUCCGGUGCAACCCGCCGGCUCGCAAGCCGUGGCGUUCCAAAUCACCGGAGACAUGGCUGCAUUCUACGAGUGCAACUUCAUUGGUGCUCAAGACACUCUGUACGAUCACUCGGGCCGUCACUACUUCAAGAGCUGCUUCAUCCAGGGAUCGGUGGACUUUAUAUUCGGCAACGGCCGCUCCCUGUACAAGGAUUGCGAGCUCAACGCCAUUGGCAGCGGAGCGCUGACUGCUCAAAAGAGGCAAAACGCGAGUGACAACACGGGUUUCUCGUUCGUAAACUGCCGGAUCCUGGGGAAUGGCUUGGUGUACCUGGGCCGUGCUUGGGGCCCCUUCUCUCGCGUCGUCUUCCUCUACUGCUAUAUGGACUCCGUUAUCAACCCCGGCGGCUGGGACGACUGGGGGGAUUCAUCCAGAGACAUGACUGUUUUCUACGGCGAGUUCAACUGCACGGGUCCAGGAGCAAACGGCAUGCGUCGUGUUCCAUGGUCGUAUGUGCUAACGGAGGCGGAGGCCCAGCCUUUCUUGGACGAGAGGUUCAUCGAAGGUGACGCAUGGCUGCAGUAUCUAUGACCCCGCGUAUUCUCCUUUCCUACCAAAUUUUGUUCCUCGAGAUACAAUGUAUAAGCGAACGAGCUUUUUGCC